ACCGCCGCCGCCGCAGCCGGGUCCAUGCCCGCUGGAGCCCCCGCCUGCCGCCGCCCGCACCCCCGGCAUGGACGUUAGGUUUUACCCCUCCGCCCCCACCGCCGUGGGCUCCCUGCCCGGAGCCGACCCCACUUGCCUGGGGCCGCUGGAUUAUUAUCACUGCAACAAGUUUGAUGGGGAGAACAUGUACAUGGGAAUGAAUGAGAACGCCCAGGAGUUUCUAUCGGCAAAUCAGACGUAUAACAGUCAGAAUGAGAAUAAUGAAGACUAUGAGAUCCCUCCCAUAACGCCUCCUAAUCUCCCUGACCCUUCCCUCCUGCACUUGGUGGACCACGAAACUGGAUAUCACUCCCUGUGCCACAGCCUCCCUCCCAACAGCCUGAUACCAGCCUACCCCUACCAGAACAUGGACCUGCCAGCCAUCAUGGUCUCCAACAUGUUGAGUCAGGAUGGGCAUCUUCUCUCCAGCCAGCUACCCACGAUCCAGGAGAUGGUCCACUCAGAUGCCACGUCCUAUGAGUCCAACCGUCAAGUGCCCCUGAUCAAUCGCCCCGGGAUGUUAGCCGGCCCCAUGAGCGCUCUCAGCCAGUCUCAGCUGAUUUCGCAGAUGGGGAUGCGGAGCGGUGUUACCCACGGUUCCCCCUCGCCCCCGGGAAGUAAGUCUGCUACACCAUCUCCCUCCAGUUCUACUCAGGAAGAGGAGACAGAGUCACAUUACAAGGUUACUGGAGAGAAAAGACCAUCAACAGACCUGGGCAAAAAGCCCAAAAGCCAAAAGAAGAAGAAAAAGAAGGAUCCCAAUGAGCCACAGAAGCCCGUGUCAGCCUACGCCCUGUUUUUCAGAGACACGCAAGCAGCCAUCAAAGGGCAAAACCCCAACGCCACCUUCGGAGACGUAUCAAAAAUUGUUGCAUCAAUGUGGGACAGUUUGGGAGAAGAGCAAAAACAAGCAUACAAGAGGAAAACAGAAGCCGCCAAGAAGGAGUACCUGAAAGCCCUGGCAGCGUACCGGGCCAGCCUCGUCUCCAAGAGCUCUGCUGACCAAGGGGAGACGAAAAGUGCCCAGAGCAACCCACCUUCCAAAAUGAUCCCCCCCAAGCAGCCCAUGUACCCAAUGCCGCCACAGGCUUCCUCGCCCUACCCCGGCCUGGGCUCGUUCCUAUCCCCAUCGGACCUGCAGAACUACCGCGGCCACCCCGGCCUCUCCCGGACCCUCACCUCCAAACCCAUGCUGCCCAGCAUCAGUGCCUCCCCGCCACCCUCCUUCCAGAUCAGCCCCCCCCUCCACCAGCAGCUCUCCUUGCACCACCCGCAGAGCUCCCUCCUCAGCCAGCCCCUCAGCAUGCAGCAGGUCCCCCAGCAGCCCCUCCUGUCCCCCCCCAUGGCACUACAGGUACAGCCCCCCAUGAACGCCUCGCCUCCCGGGCAGCAGGACUUCUCCCAUAUUUCAUCUGAGUUUCCAAACAGUGUUGGACCCCGUUCGCCUGGUGCAUCAAACCCUCCGGGAAGCACCGAGUGGGACAACGACUACCCCAGCAGAGAGUGUGGGAUUAACCACUGCAGGCCAGUAAACAAAAGAGCACGUUGCUAUUGUACUUUCUGUUUUCUGAACUGUGACAGUGUGCAACAGCUGAGAAUCUGCCCUAAAACAACCAGCAAGCUGGUAGGCUCGUUAUGGUCGAGGAAGUUCAAGGUUUCCCCUUCUCUGUAGGCUCCCUGAAGUGAUGCUAUGGAAGCAGGUAGCAUAAAAUUCACAGAUAAAUUCUUCAUUGGGCAUGGAGAGGUUUCCUUUUUUUGCGUUUCCAUCCCAUUAGCAACGGAGGAGUUGGACACUGAACUAGAGCCAGCCAGGCAAGCCAGAGUCCCGGGAGGUUUGAAGGUGGCCACGUCCCUAAGCAAUGCCCGUCUCUUCCUAAAGUGAUCGUUCAUAUCGCUGAGGCCACGAUCUCCCAUGGCCGUCCCUAGCACCGGGUCCCUGAUCGGUCCUGGGGUUUCACCACGGCAGUGUACAAAGCCGCAUCCUCCCGAGAGCCACGUGAUGCUCCGGUCCCCGGCACCUCACAGGAAAAGGCCACAGACACCUCCACAGAUCUUCCCCCUCAGGCCCUACGAGCUCUGCCAUGAGCGUGCCGGCAUGGAGGUCCCUUCAAUGCCUGAAUUCCCCAAUAAAUAAAAACACCGGGAUGGUCUCAAAGCUGGGGAACAGGGAAGGUGUGAAAGCCGUUUCCAACCUCUGCCUAGUCCACGGCUCUCGGCUCAGCAAGAACAGUUCGGAGACGGCUAUUGUGCUCCGUAAAACAGGCACGCCGUUUGCUGGGGGAGCAGGUAGGGCAGGAGGCUCGGUAGCUUCUGUGUAUUGUUUGAUUUGCUUGAAGUACUGGAACAUUGUGCUUUCACUGGAGAUAAUAGCAAGCUCCCAGCCUUUUCAGAGCACGGCUCCCGCCUGUGCCAGCAGCGCACUUACAAUUGCUGGGCUGGGCACAGACUGUGCAGACAUUUAUUUCUUUCAGGGAAAUAAAUAACUCGCUGAGCCAUUGGAAUAUCGCCGCUGUCUGCCUGCCUGAGGGGGCUCAGCUACGUGGAUUGGUCUGGGCUCUGCCGGCGACCUUCGCGUGGUCCUUCCUGAAGGCUCUCAGACAACCCGAAAAAAGGGACCCGUUUGGGACUUGAUGAUAAAAGUCACUUGAGAUGCUGUGGGCGAAAUUCUAAGGAUGCUCGGAGGGUUGCGGCACAUGGAUCCCAAUUUCCAGAGGUGCUGAGCAGCAGCAGGUCCCACGGAAAUAACCCCCCUAGAAAGCAGCAUCACUACUUUAGGGGAUCAGCUGGGAAAACACUUGGUUCCCUCCUCAAAUCCCGCUGCCUGGGCCCCAUGCAGGGAACUCAGGGCACUCUAGAAACGGGUGAAACGCUCCCCUGGUAGUCAGGAUUGACUUUUGUGUUGCUAAAACAAGCUCUGUGACAUCUGGCUGGAGUGCCGCAUUGUAAGCAGAGGGACCAUGCAAUUCAUGAUCAAAGCUCAUGCAUUUCAUGCCUUUGUCACAGCAGAAAUAUCGAAUUUCAUGGGUUUAGUGCAGCUUCCCGGGGAAAAAAAAAAAAAAUCAUUCUAAAACCAGACAGAUUAUGCAGAGACUUCCAGAUAAUUAUUAGAGUAGAUUAUAGCAACGAACUCGGAUGGAUAUAGAUCAGUUCUGCAGUGAGUGCUUAGCGCACUGAAAAAUGUCGCAGUCUCUGUUGAGGAAGGAGCCCGUCUCCCGUGAGUAGAGACACACGAGCUGCUGGCAGCCCAGCUCCCAAAGCCGGCUUGUUCUCAUUUUCUUGUAAAGCCUGGAGUGCCAGCAGUGCCAUCACCCCCUGCUCCUGGUGUUUGCUGCCUGUGUCCAUGCUCUGUGUCGCUUGUAGCAUCCACACACAUUUGUAGGACCGCGGCCCCGGUGAGCCUCAAGGGUAGACUCCUGUCGAGAAACGAGAUGAUCUGGUUCUCAUCAUCUUCCUCGCCGUACUGCUUUCUUUGCACUAAUUUGCAAGCGACGUUCCAAGUUAUCCUUGGGCUCCUGGGUGGCACCGUGCCUGGUGCUGGGGUGAGGGCGCAGGGUGAGCUGCGUGCCCCAACGGCCCCCGCGGUCAUCAGGGCUUAGGCAAAGCAGUGAGAAAGGGAAGGCAGAUCUUGUUGGGUUCAAUUCAUCAGUGCAGUUUUAGGUACCAUCGGGAAGCCUCUGGAUCGUGUAAUCGUCCAUUUCGACCUCAAAACUGCGUUCGGCUUAAUUGCAAUUAAAGCAGCACUCUUCAUUGGGAGUGAGGAGGAGCAAAACCAGCAACUGGCUGGCAAGAGAAAGGAUUCUUUUCUGGUGUGAUCUGGCUCAGCUGCAGGGUCCCAGAUUCCUGAAAGAGGGGGUCGUACCAUCCUCCCCAGCACACAGGCGGUCCUGCCUCGCCCCCCGGGGUAGGAUUUUUAUUUCAUGUCUGACCUUGAUACUUCUUUAGCUUCCGUGUGUUGGCACUGGGUUAGCUGGGGUAAAACCUCCCAAUCCUACAUUUUCUUUUGUGUUUGUUAGCCAGACAACUUCUGAAAAACUAACGACGUUGCCUUUCUCUCUGUCCUUCUCCAUCUAAUAAGGGAACUGCUCUAGGGUUUUUUUUUUUAUUUUCCCAGCCUAUCAGUGCUCGUUAAAAUGCCAUUAAAUGACACUUCUUCCCUUAUGCCCCUCAAAUUCUAGGAUCCUGCGAGCAGACACUCCUUAAUUCAUAAAUCAGCCAUGUUAGAGUGAGAGCUUUAAAGGUUUCCUAGCUCAUCCUCUCCCCGUUCUUAAUGAUUUUGUGCUUACUGACUUCCAUCCAAUUUUCCGAGCUCUUUCUGGGCUUAAGCCCAAGCUGUCCUAGAUUGCUAGCAAAGACACGGGUAGCGUUUCUCAGUUCCUGCUUUGUAUAUGACUAUCACUUCCCACAAGCAACUGCAGCGUACAAUUAUUGCUUUUUGCCAUCAUACCACAAACUGCUUGCACAGUCCCCUGUCUCCCUCACCUGACAGCCUUAUUCUCGCGCUUGCUCUUUCCCAGGCACCCACGCCGUACCCGUGGCUUUGCAGUGACUUUCUCCAUACCGGUCCCUUUCCAUACCAAAGCCGUCUUCAGGGUUGCGUUUAUGCCUGUCCCCCGGCAUUUAGGUAUUGCGGCGAUAACGCUGAACGGGAUUCAUCUUUCUGUGCCCUUCCUCUCAUUUGCAAGGCCUUUUUGGGUACCGUCAUUUAGCAACUGUUCUCCCCUCUUCCCACCGUCCUUUGGGCUAAAAGAAGAAAUGCGCUCAGUUACGCUUGGUCCAAACGCACAAAACCAUGUACAUCCGCUUCAUCCCGACACUUAUAACCUCGCUAAUUCCUGCUAACGACAAAGUGACCCUCUCCGAAUGGGGGGAUUUUCCAAAUCGGAAACUAAAUGAGCAAGCGCUGUAAAAAGGCAAGGAUAAACCAUCACCAAAUGCACUUAGUUUGGAUUCAAUUAUUUAUGGUAAUACUUCGUAAUGAACUGGGAAAUGUUCUGUAGCAUAUUUUGUAAAAUUAAUGAAGUUUUAGGGCUGGAAUACCUCACUGCCGCUCAGUGGCAUUAAAUCUUUGCUGAGUGCAGCAGGGAAGACUCUGCAUUUUAAAUGCAGAUUAUAAAAUGUGGAGAUUAACAUAGUGCGGACUCUUCUGCGCUCUACCAGAAGACAGCUCUAUCAACAACAGCAUUACCUUGCUGCCUGCUGUUUCCCUUUUAUUCCACUCAAGCACAGCCACAUCGGAAUCUCCCGAAGCUUUGUAAUGUUCCUCACCACCUUUUAAGGCCAAAAUGUCUUUAUGCAGCCAAUGAUGCUUCCAUCAGGUCUGUGUAGGUGAUGAAACCCAUUGAAACGCCUGGAUUUCUGAGCAAAACCCACACAGGACGUCAGCCAGGGGAAAGGGACUUCAGCCACUCCUCUCUCUACUACGUCCUGAAAACAAAAAGGAUCUGAGCUCCCUCGUAAGAGACUGUUGAUGGCAAAUUAAAUGUGUUAGCCAGCCCACACAGGGGGUUGAAGCCCCAGACACUACAGGCAGGGUCAGGAGUGGUGAUGCCUCUCUGCACACCUUGCUGCAGAGCCGUCCGCAUGUGGGCAGUGGGGGUAUAAGCUGUCUUCCCUCCCCAGGACACACCUGGAUCUCUUGAAAUCAAAGGCGUUGCUUCAAUAACGUGAUUAAUUCAAGGUGUGGUGGGCCAGGGAUGCGCAGAGCGCACAGCCUGGCUGCCAUCCCACCAACCCUCCUCCCCAGCCUCCUGCAAGGAAAGUAGCACCACAGUCUUCCUUGGGUUCCUUGUACCUCCUGCAGUCUUCAUCAGACCCAUGGGAACAACCGGCCAAUCCUGCUGUCUCAAAGCAUUUUUCCCUUCAUUUCCUGAUUAUUAAUUUCUCUAGUUGUACUUCUUUUGGGAGAGGAGGGGAGCGGCAUCAAGCAGGUGGUGUCUCCUGCUCCCGUGCUCUUCAGCCAUCAAACUUAUGUAAAUCCUCCUGGACACCCACAAGCGUCUUCAGGAAUAAGCCCCUCAGUCAUAUUUUUGAGACCCCCUACUCCUUUUGCAGUGUCAGAAUGACACAUUUUGUCCAAAAGCAAGUGUACAUUUCCUAAAUCUCCAUGGCUUAGCCUAAGUGCAGUGUGUGAUGAAGAAGCGGGCCAGUGGCCAAGGGGCUGAUUCCAGUCACAGCACAAUGGUGGAGCUGGUACCAGCAUCAUGCUGGCGUGCUCUGCAGGGAAAUCCAGAGCUGGCCCUCCCCUGCAGCCCCAGCAAGAGCAAAAAUUAAGCCACAGGAAGGAACUCAUGUCUUAGCCCUUGCUGUUGAAAUUCAGGAAGAACUGAAAUUGCACCAGGCUCUGACGCUUCGGUGCCGUCUGCUCGGUUCAUCCCUGCACACCUCGCCCUUGGUGCAGACCACUUUGUGUUCUGCAUCAUGGAGUGCCGUAAAAAAACCAUGGCACAGCUGAAAACGGGUGUGCAAAUGGUAAUUUCAGCUCCCCGCUCCCCCAGGCGACUCCCCGGCUGUUUCCCUGCCCGUCUCACCUUCCGCCUCUCCUUUCUCUUACAGCAUGCUGCCAAGGGACAAGGCACUCUACCUCACCUAAAACUCAACAUCUCGUUUUGAGGAGGCUCAGACAAAGGACACUGGAGAGGGUCUAUCUUACAGACUACCCGGAGAGGCACCGAGCAAGUCGUACGGACGAGACAGCUACCACUGCACCUCGUCGCUGGCUUCGUUUCCAGGCUCUAAGAGCAGUUUUCUUUUACUAUUUUUGAACUCUAAAGUCUACUUUCCCUGGAAGCCCGAAACCUCAUAAAUCAUGGAGAACAAAAAGUAAAAAAAAAAAAAAAAAAUUUUAAAAAAAUGCUAAAAAAAAAAAUAAAGAAACACAAAACCGACAAAAAAAAAAAAAAAAAAAAGAAAUAAACGAAGGACACCAUUUUUCUGCUUGCCAUCAGCUUAGCUACAGACUAUUUUCCUAGUGAACUGCUUUUAGACGCAGCAUAGGCCCAGGUCUGGUGUCCUACAGCAUUAGGCCAGCUCAGUAGGAGGAUGCACUCUUUUGACUUGCUAACAGCACUAAACUUUGUGCAAGAAAAUGUGAAGUUUGUGUGAAUAUUGUACAUGCAAAGGCCUUGGAUGUCUGGCGAAAAAAAAUACAAAAACUUAAGUAAAAACUAUUGCUGGGUAGGUGGGGGGGGGGGAGAGAGAGAGAGAGAGAGAGAGAGCAGAAGGCAAAAAUACGAGAGGAAAAAACGCGAAAAAGAUCAUGAAAAUAUAAUUUGUUGGAUAGUUGUAAGUAGUUUACUAAGUGUUUUAGAGCUGUGCUAAAGACAUCUUUAAGAUUUUUUUGUGAAAAAAAUUAGUAGUUUACUUUAUAGUAAAAGCAUUUUAUAUUAAUUGUAGCACAUUUUUUAGUUAUACAUAGAAGGAAGAUGUGUAUAAAAAAAAAAAACAACAAAAAAAGCCUGCCAAACUUGUUUCUAUUAUUUGUACAGCAAGAAAUGGACAAUUUAUAUCCAUGUUGUAUGGCAUUAUUAUAUUUUUUCUGCCAUAUGUCCAUCUAUUUAAAAAUUGCUGACAAUAAUUUUUGUCUAUUUAUGAAAAAUUAGAGAGCAUAAUUACCGUUUCUCAUAAGGUGCAUUUUUGGGUUUUUUUUUAUUUUUUAUUUUGUUUGACGGUACUGCUUUCGCAGCACCUGGCACAUUCGGUUCACAAU